AUGUCGAAAACAAAAUAUGAUUUCUAUCAAACAGAAACACAUGUUUUUGUGACAAUAUUGAAACGUGGCUUAACACUGGAACAAUGUAAAGCACAUUAUGUAGAUGGUUGCUUAACAGUAGUAGCAGCGGGUGAAACGUUAUUAAACAUACGGUUAUCUCAUCCGAUUAAUCCUACAUCAUUAGAACUGAAGUGUUUACCAUCCAAAUUUCAUCGUCAUUAUUUUAUUUUAACAUUAUCAUACUAUCAUUUUUCUUAUUGUUAUGAAUAUUUUCAUGUUGAAUUGAAAAUGGCAAAAAUGACAUUAGAUCAAUGGGAAACAUUGGAAGAGAAAAGUGAAGAAAACAAAAAUAAGCCGGCAUUAAUUAGUUGGGAUAAAUUUGCUAAAGAAGCAGAUGAUGACGAAGAAAAAGGAGAUGUCAAUGUACUUUUCCAAAAAUUAUAUAAAGAUGCAGAUGAUGACACAAGGAAGGCAAUGGUGAAAUCAUAUACAGAAAGUGGCGGGACAGUGCUAAGUACAAAUUGGAAAGAAAUAAGUAAAAAACGCACGGAAGUUCGGCCUCCUGAUGGAAUGGAAUUUAAAAAAUGGUGA